CGUACGUGCGUCUCGUUCUCUCUCUCUGUCUGUCUGUCUGUCUCCAACCAACCAACCACUGACAAGUCAUUGACUUCUUGCAAGCGCUGGAGUUGUGAAGAAAGAAGACGCAAACAUGUCAGACACUAUUGAACAAGUCUGUCAAAAAAUGGCCAACCUUCAGCUCAAGGGGCUGACGGCAGAGGACGAGUUCCCUGAUCUCAGUAAACACAACAACCACAUGGCCAAGUUCUUGACCAUGGACCUGUACAAAACACUGAGGGAGCGGACCACCCCCAAUGGCUUCACUAUAGACCGGGUCAUCCAGACAGGCGUGGAUAAUCCAGGUCACCCCUUCAUCAUGACGGUUGGCUGCGUGGCCGGAGACGAGGAGUCGUACGAGGUCUUCAAAGAGCUGCUCGACCUUGUGAUCGAGGACAGACACGGAGGAUACAAACCGACAGACAUGCAUAAGACCGACCUCAACCCGGACAACCUCGUGGGGGGCGACGAUCUCGACCCAGAGUACGUGUUGAGCUCCCGAGUGCGAACGGGCCGCAGCGUCCGCGGCUUCUGCCUGCCGCCGCUCUGCCGACGUGGCGAGAGACGUGCUGUGGAGAAGCUCUCCAUGGAAGUCUUGGCUUCACUCACCGGAGACCUACAGGGGAAGUACUAUUCCUUGAGAAAGCUGUCAGAUGGCGAGCAGCAGCAGCUGAUUGACGACCACUUGCUUUUUGACAAACCCGUGUCCCCUCUGCUGCUGGCAUCAAGAAUGGCCCGGGACUGGCCCAGCGCCAGAGGCAUCUGGUAUAAUGAAAACAAGACAUUUUUGGUGUGGGUGAACGAAGAAGACCAUCUACGAGUCAUCUCCAUGCAGAAGGGUGGCAACUUGAAGGAAGUGUUUACUCGCUUCUGCACCGGACUCACAGAGAUUGAAUCUUUGUUCAAGAACAAAGGCUUUUCUUUCAUGUGGAACGAGCACCUGGGCUACAUUCUGACGUGCCCGUCCAACCUGGGCACGGGUCUGCGUGCCGGUGUGCACGUGAAGCUGCCAAAUAUGAGCAAGCACCCAGAGUUUGAAGAGGUCCUUAAAAGGCUGAGGCUGCAGAAGCGCGGAACAGGUGGCGUGGACACGGAUGCCGUGGAUGGAGUCUUUGACGUCUCAAACUCUGACCGACUGGGCUUCUCUGAGGUGGAGCUGGUGCAGAUGGUCGUUGAUGGCAUCAAGCUGCUGGUGGAGAUGGAAAAGAAACUGGCGGCGGGGGAGUCCAUCGACGAUCUCAUGCCCACCCAAAAGUAGAAGCGGGACCGGCCCUUAGAAACAAAUUGAAUGAAAUGUUCCACAGCAUCCAUCUAUCAUGUUCAAAACUGUUUUUCAUUG